AUGUCAAGCCUUGUCAUCGGGACUGCGCCGGAGGGUCUGGACUUGUCCGAGAAUAGAAUCGCUCAGAAUGAUGCCACUGUUGGUGUUGUCAUGGGAAUUGCCACAAUUUUUGUGGGUUUGCGAUUCUGGGCCCGAACGACAAAUAAGAGUGCCGAUUUAGCAUAUGAUGACUGGUUUGUCUUGGUAGCAUUGGCGUUCGCAUAUGGGACGGGUGUAUGUUGUAUUUUAGGAGGUGCAUAUGGAAUAGGAAAACACAUAUGGGUGGUGGAUCAAAACGAUGUCCUGAUGAGCAUGAAAAUCAUCUUCGCUUAUGUUAUUCUUUAUGCCACGACAGUGCCCAUGGUCAAAUUGUCCGUGCUUCUUCUCUACCGCCGGAUUUUCCGCCUCACCUGGACGUUGUAUUUCUGUGCAUUUCUCUCCAUCGGAUAUACCAUCUCAGUUGCUACCACCAUCUCGCUGGCUUGCGUCCCCUCAUCUUUCUUCUGGACUCAAUGGGUAUAUCCUUUGAGUGGAGGCCACUGUCGGAUCAACCUCUACCAAUUCUAUUUGUGGAACGGUGUGGCCAACCUGUUCACCGAUGUCAUCAUUCUAUGUCUGCCCAUGCCGAUCGUCUGGGGCCUGCAGAUGCCCAAGGCGCAGAAAUGGGCCAUUAGCGGUAUCUUCCUGCUCGGUGGAUUCGUCUGCGUGGCCACGAUUGUCCGCAUCUCCGCCAUCACGAAAAUGAAAGAUUCCGUCGACAUCACCUGGGUAAUCGGCGACGCCAUGAUCUGGUCCAACGUCGAGCCCUGCAUCGGUAUUGUCAGCGCCUGCCUACCGACUCUGCGGCCGCUCCUGCGCCAAAUCCCCCAGCUGAGAGUCUGGGGGCUUUUCGGCAGCAGUGGACUCUCGGGCAAUUACAAGAUGACCGGCGACGGCACUUCCGGCACGGGGCAGCAGGAUACCGGCAACCGAUCGGCAUAUCGCUCCUCGACUGGUAAGAAGCAGCGAUUCUGGCCAGAAGAUGACGAAGUCUACCUGACUACCGACGUAGGACGUGCUGCCAGAGAGGAAGGCAUCAUCCCGUCCAACGGCUCGGCUGCCUCCAGCCAGGAACCCAUCGCUAUGCAGAUCAGGGUGAAGCAUAACUUUGAUUGGAGGGAGGACCACCCAUGA